GUAGACUUCCAGCUUUCAUGCCGAUCAGCCCUGCGCGCUCUCACAAGCCAUCCAAUUCCAUCAUGCACUAGCCAAGAAGCUCGCUGCGGGUUUCCAACGUCCGAAUAGCCGCUGGUUGUAUCGCCUGAGAGGUCUCGCUGCUGCUAAUCAUGCUGGAUCAGAGGUUACAACUGCAGGUACCGAUCAACAAGAAAGUUGAACAACACUCGAAGAGAAUCGCUAUUCCCACGAGGUCCGAGGCUUCCGCUUUGGCAAAGCAUGGAGACUGGGCCAGCUGUGGUGAAAGUGCUCACACAGGACUUAGUCGGCAAGACUGCCGUCGUCACUGGAGCCUCACGAGGCAUUGGCCGUGCCAUCGCGCUUAAUCUUGCUUUGCGUGGGUGCCAUGUGCUUGGUACAUGCUCGUGCGACGUGACCUACAAUGCGCAUAUCAUCUCCCUACAAGACUCGAUAUUCAACGCUUAUCGCGCAACCGGUAAUCUCAAGCCGCCACUCCUCGAAGCAUGCGUCGCGCACCUCACGGAUCCAGAGCGCUUCUGCCACACUCUCACAGGCCUCCUCGAGGUCUCGUUCAACAAUCGCGUUGAUAUACUAGUUCUAAAUGCUUCACUGGCGGAGCGCAAGACGAUCGAAGACAUGGACGAGGACCACAUCUACCGCAACCUCGUCGCGAACGUGGAGACACCCCUACGCAUCGUACAGAGUCUACUUCCCUUCUUCCAGCCCUCCAGUCGCAUCAUAUUCAUGUCGUCGGAAGCCGCCCGUCUGUCGCGGCCAGGCGGGUUGAUGUACAGCGCGUCCAAGGCAGCAAUGGAGUCGGCUGUGCGUACACUUGCGGAGGAACUAGGGCUUCGCAGGGGUAUGGAGGGUACGACGGUAAACAGCGUGAGCACAGGUCUGACAGACACGGGGCUGGUAAAAAACAUGGAUAAACGUCUACGCGACUCAAUACUGUCGCGCGAGUCAGCGAAGAUCAACGUAGCACGGAGGAUUGGUGAACCCGACGAUAUAGCGAACGUGGUGGGGUUCCUAGCCAGUGAAGCUAGUCGGUGGAUCACAGGCAGCGUAAUCUCUGCGAGCGGAGGUUCGACAAAAAUAUUAUGAUGUGUUGAUAGCAAUGACUGAAACAACCAAUAAGGACAAGAUAAACCUCCUCUUUUGAUGUGCCUGGCACGAAGAAUUUACACAGUUCACGUAUGAACACCAAAAUGUUCAAUUCAAGGAAGCACAGAAUGCUUAACAGGCUUUGAUACUGUCACGAUUUGCUUGUCUCAACACAUUCUUGG